AUGCAUAGCGCGGCGAUGGGGGGCGGAGCCCUAUUCGGGUGCUCCUCAGCCGGUCACAGCGGCAUCAACCAGCUUGGUGGAGUCUACGUCAACGGCAGGCCGCUGCCAGACUCCACGCGGCAGAAGAUCGUGGAGCUGGCGCACUCGGGGGCGCGGCCCUGCGACAUCAGCCGCAUCCUCCAGGUCUCCAACGGCUGCGUCUCCAAGAUCCUCGGCAGAUAUUACGAAACGGGGUCCAUUAAGCCCCGGGCGAUUGGCGGCUCUAAGCCCAGGGUGGCUACGACCCCAGUUGUCCAGAAGAUUGCUGACUACAAGAGGGAGUGCCCUUCGAUCUUCGCUUGGGAGAUCAGGGAUCGUCUGCUGAGUGAAAACGUGUGCAAUAACGACAAUAUACCUAGUGUUUCUUCAAUCAACCGCGUCCUUCGAAACCUGGCUUCUCAAAAGGAACAAGCAGCCUCAGCCCAAAACGACAGCGUGUACGAGAAGCUAAGGAUGUUCAACGGUCAAGCAGCCACUGGCUGGUGGUACCCUGGACUCCCGGCAGCACCUGCAGCCCCUGCGAUACCUGCGCCCUUGCCCCCUCAGCUGAAUAGGACGACCGCUGAGGAGCAUAAACGAGAUCCCUUACAAUCCGAGGCUGGGUCAGACGGCAAUAGCGAGCACGCGUCAUCAGGAGACGAGGACUCGCAGAUGAGGUUACGACUCAAGAGAAAGCUGCAGAGGAACCGGACAUCCUUCACCAACGACCAGAUAGAUAGCCUUGAGAAAGAAUUCGAGCGGACGCACUACCCGGACGUGUUCGCGCGGGAAAGAUUGGCUGAAAAGAUCGGAUUGCCUGAGGCACGUAUCCAGGUCUGGUUCUCCAAUCGGCGAGCGAAGUGGCGUCGUGAAGAGAAGCUUCGUAGUCAAAGACGCGAUGCUCCUGCGGCGUCGCCCCCCGCGCCUCCGACGCCGCGGCUGCCUCUCAACGGAGGCUUUAAUUCCAUGUACAGCCCCAUACCGCAACCCAUUGCUACCAUGGGCGAGUCUUAUAGUGCGCUUGGUUCCGACAGCGCGAUGUCGGGUGGGCUGACUUCGUCGUGCCUGCAGCAGAGAGACGCUGGUUAUCCGUACAUGUUUGGCGACGUGCUGGGUAGUGGAGGCUACUCGAGAGCGCCGGCGGCUCAUCAGCAGCAUGCUGCGUAUUCACAGCCUCAAGGAACCGCUGGCACUGGUGUGAUAUCAGCGGGGGUGAGCGUGCCUGUGCAAAUACCAUCGCAAGGGCCAGACCUCGCGUCAAACUACUGGGGACGGCUUCAGUGAUCUCAGCUAUUCGGGUUCCCGCAUCGGCUUCUGUCGAUGCCUGAGAACCCGACCAACAUACCUGAGUCCCCAUCUAGCGGCGAAAUCGCGCACAACUACGCCGACGCGCACUUGUCUAUGAACGCAGCUAUCAACAUGACGGCCGGACAUGAUGCCAACGUUUUGGCGGCAGAUUUGCAAGAACAAAACAAUUCAGUAUCGUAAGUGUUUACAAGAGACUGUUAAUGUACACCGUUCGUUUCACAAACCGAUUUAUUUUCAUGUAGUGAGAUUUCUUUUCAAAUGGUGCAAGUUGUUUUCUUCUUUGUACAAUAGUUUCGGAUUACACCUUAAUAUUAAGAGGCAACUGAUGAUGUUCAAACUUAGUCGUAAGCCGUAAGACCGUACACGAUGACAUUGUGCUGUGCACUGCCGAACGAAUUCUAUUAUUUAAUUUAUUAUUUGCUUAAACAUAACACUAUGUAUAAAUAAAUACGAAAUAUUAAACUAGGCAUGUUUCAUUGCGUACGGUCAAUAAAUAGUAAGCUAGUAAAACAAUAGCGUGCAAUUGUAAAUAUAGAACAGCGCCAUCUAUUGUCGAGUAGAGAAAGUUUCUAUAAUGGCAGCCGAGAUGUGCUCGGCAGGAAAUAAAAUGUAAAUUGUUUGUGCCAACGUUUGUAAUAAUCGAGUGUUAUGCGCCCUUUGCGUGCACAACCCUUUCUAUUUCUUUGAUGUAUGCAAUAGGGGUGCGAAAUGUAUGCCAUAGAGAAAAAACGUGGCAAUGAGCUUCGUUAUAGCGUUUGUUUCACACCCCUGCCUUCACCAACUUGUCAUACAAACUAAUCAUGUUUGUUACUAUUGUGAUGAUUCUUGUAUAAUAUUGUUACUAAAUAGAUGUUGUACGUAAUGUGUCAACUCAACUUCAUUAGCAAACCUUGAAACGAAUUAAUUUAUUAUUUAUUGGUAAAAUUUAAGGUCAAUAUUGCUGUGAUUAAAAUAUAGAUUUAUAAGAUUCCUUUGCCACCAAAAUUUUGGACGAAUUGUUAAAAUUAACAGCACUGAAAUUACUUACUGUACAAACCGGUAUACAGAAAAUGAAUAGGUCUACAUAGCAUUGUAUUAUUCUCACAUUUUUUUCACAUUGGUGCUGGUUAACAGCACAAACUAUCAUUUAAUUACUACUUGAUAAAUAUGUACAUUUAUAAUAUAUAUUUUCAUUAAAAAAUGCAAUAUGGACGUGGUAGAGGCGUUACGGUAACGUUGUAUGUAAUGUAAUUUAGUUUGAUUAAGUGUAAAAUAAAUUAUU